GGAGAGAGACCGAGGCAGCGGGCGAAGGAGCAAGGCAGCACCAUGACUGAGACGACCAAGACCCACGUUAUCCUCCUGGCCUGCGGCAGCUUCAACCCCAUCACAAAAGGGCACAUUCAAAUGUUUGAAAGAGCCCGGGAUUAUCUGCACAAGACAGGAAGGUUCAUUGUCAUUGGUGGAAUUGUCUCACCUGUACAUGACUCCUACGGGAAGCAGGGUCUGGUCUCCAGCCGACAUCGCCUGACAAUGUGCCAACUAGCUGUUCAGUCCUCUGACUGGAUAAGAGUGGACCCCUGGGAAUGUUAUCAGGAUACUUGGCAGACCACCUGCAGUGUACUGGAACAUCACCGGGAUCUGAUGAAACGAGUGACUGGCUGCAUCCUCUCCAACGUGAACACACCAUCAUUGACCCCAGUGAUUGGGCAGCCUCAGAAUGAGUCCCCACAGCCUAUCUAUCAGAACAGCAACCUCUCUAACAAGCCCACCGCAGCAAAGUUUUUGGGGAAGGUGGGAGAAAGCCUUAGCAGGAUUUGCUGUGUUCGUCCACCGAUGGAGCGUUUCACCUUUGUGGAUGAAAAUGCAAAUUUGGGAACAGUGAUGAGAUAUGAAGAGAUUGAGCUUCGAAUCUUGCUGCUGUGUGGAAGUGACUUGCUGGAGUCCUUCUGCAUUCCAGGCCUAUGGAAUGAAGCUGACAUGGAGGUGAUAGUUGGGGACUUUGGCAUUGUUGUUGUGCCACGAGAUGGAACUGACACAGACCGGGUCAUGAACCAUUCCUCAAUACUCCGGAAGUACAAAAACAAUAUCCUGGUUGUGAAAGAUGAUGUGAAUCACCCCAUGGCCAUUGUCAGUUCAACUAAGAGCAGACUGGCUCUUCAGCAUGGUGAUGGUCACGUGGUGGAUUACUUGUGUCAGCCAGUCAUUGAUUACAUCCUCAAGAGUCAGCUGUACCUGAAUGCCUCUGGCUAAAGCUGCCUCGGAGUUGCAACAUGGCAGCCCUAUUGCUCCACUCUCCUACGGUUGUUCACCACAAUUCUCUCUUUCUCACGCUCUCAUUUCUUUCUCAUUGCCUCUUGUGUGCAUCUGCCUGUUUCACUCCGAUGUCCCACCACCACCACCAAAUGCCGGGAAGUGCUGCAUACAACAACCAACCAAGUGCACACCGUCAAGUAAUCUUCCCCCCUUCUAGUUAGGAGAGAGAAUGGAAGAGAGGGUCAGAUGCUACGUGCCUAAGGGGGACAGCUUUGGUGUCUACCUUCCCAGCAUGCAUUAUUAGGGGAUGGAACAUUGCAUACCUUGGAAGCCAGGAAAGUCUUUUCAUAAUACAUCAGCUAAAUAAAUUUCAGUGGGCCUUUUUAUUUUUAACGCAGGGUUUUUUUCCCUCCCUCUCUUUUUGGCUUUCUAAAAAAAAAAUUGCCGUGAUCCAUUCAAAUUAGAAUGUGGUUGGCAGAAGGAGAUUCUGACCCACUUGGUACAAAGCCCAGACUUUUUAGGUCAAGCAUGGAAGAGUUAGCUUGAAAAAGAAAGAAAAAGAAAAGAAACUGCCCAAAUUCUGGAUUGUGUUAUUUCAAGGAGGGGAAUUGCUAGGGAAAGGAUGCAAGAAUGGCAGGGAGGCAGAAUUUUCCUUUGUAAAUAGAUGCUUGUUUCUAAGGGCAGGGGAUUUAAAUGGGUUUCCUGUUGUGCUUUAAUCCCUUUUUUUCUUAAAAAAAAAAAGGAGCACUCCCUAGAGUAGAGUAGUGACACAGAGCACACCUGCCUGGGAUGCUACAAGUAAGUAACCCACCUUGCUUGCUCAUGGAAUGCCUUCAAUAAUUUGUCCCAGAUUGGCUAUGUCCUCUUGGUUUAAAGUGUUUAAUUUUCUGCAGAAACUCAUUUGGCGGUUCAUCACUUGUGGUGUCCACUGUACCCUUGCUAGUGUGAUUAGUUCAGGCUCGUUCAUUCGCAGCUGUUUCUCUCUGUCAACAUGCCUGCCUCUUUCAGCAUUGUGGGGCAACUGCAGUUAGUUCCACACUCAGGAAGAGGCGUUCUCUCCCUCACUCAGGCAAUGCUCUCCCCUAAACCUCAAGGAAAUACCAGCAGCUGCACUAGAUUUAGUUCUCCAAACAGGUAGCCAGUUGUGAUUGUGUUAUAGCUAGUGAGAGGAAUUGGUGAAUGUGUGUCAGAGAGGAAGAAAUGCAAUACUGUAUGAUUCUUCAGAAAUACAGUGGUACCUCGGUUUACAAACACAAUUGCUUCCGAAAGUCUGUACUUAACCUGAAGCAAACUUUCCCAUUGAAAGUAAUGGAAAGUGGAUUAAUUCAUUCCAGAUGGUCCGUGGAGUACUUAAACUGAAGCAUACUUAACCUGAAGCGAACUUUCCCAUGGAAAGUAAUGGAAAGUGGAUUAAUCUGUUCCAGAUGGGUCCGCGGAGUACUUAAACUGAAAAUACUCAAACCGAGGCGUACUUAAACCGAGGUAUGAUUGUAAUGUGUCACAACGAAACCAUGACUUGCACUUGUUCACUUGGCCCCACUAAACAGAGUUAGAGGAUAAAGAAAUGUGUCAAAUGUCUGAGAGUUUGUGUGUAUUUGCUUGAUCUGGAGAAGUACUCGCACGUGUGAUCUUCCAUCGGCACUCCAGAGUGGUAUAGCCUCAGGAAAGCUGUUCCAUGUGAGAUUUCUACAAGUGUAGAUCUGCUAUUCUUGGUUGGAGUGAAAGCAAUGCAUCCUUCAUUCUGAGUCCUUGCUCGGCUCCAUGUUUCUCACUGGACUCAUAGGGGACCAUCCGCACUGAAUACAGGGAGUGUCCUUGGAAAAAUCAGUAUUUAGAAUCUCUGGCUGCUUCCACAUUGGUGACCCUGAGUGCUAAUGCAAACUACAACCAGAAUUGUAAUUGUCUUUCCACACUAUUGGGGAUAUUUCACUUUUCUUUUGUUUGUUCUGCUGUACUAGAUGAGGAAGAAGGUCCAAAUAACAUGUGCAGUUAUUUGAGAGGGGGGAAAUCCAGUUGUUGUUGUUUUAAACAAAGAGUCAUUUAUUUAGUACUAAGCACGUACUCAUUUGAGUGUGAUUGUCCAUUAUUACUAACAAAAUGUCAAAUAGCCAAGUAUUUAAUGUUUCCUUUGUAUUGAAAGUGUUGAAUCAGGGGAAAAACUCAUUGUGGUGGUGAAUGGAAUGGUUUCUGUCUUCUUUUCCUUUAGUAAUUUAUUGUUAGAGUACUAAAAUGUUUUUUUUUAAUUUAAGCAGUAUUUUGCUACCGUACUAUUUUAAUAUUAUAUAUCCAGAAAAGCAUUUUAGUGCUAUUUUAAAUAUUGAUGAAAAAUACUGUCUGAUUUAUAAAAAUGGUGCCCACCACCAAGGUUAUCAUGAAUGAUAAAUUUGCUUCUUCAAUAUGGCACUGCCCGCAUCAAAACCACAUAUCUUUUUUUUAAAAAGAGGAUAAGAAAACCGCUAAGGGCAUCCAUGUAUGUGAAGAUUGCACAACCCUUUUCAAGAAGAUAAAACUUUCUGCUAUUAGAAAAAAGAUGAAAGAAACACUGAGAAAACAAAGAAGCGUUAUAAAUGGAAGAUGUCAUGUGGACUCGUAAAAUGUGAGUGAAUGGGGCGUGGGGAUUCCACCCUAAAUACCUCCCUCAUUUUCUGUUGCACAUUCUCAGGCUGCUGCGUUGGGCAACCAGAGAGGAUGGUGGCACACAGGGAUGGCUCUCUGAGAUUUGUGUCGCAACCUGGCAUUGUAGAACCACACCCCAAAGGAUUCACUACCCCUUAGACACUCACUGCUGUCACAGGCAGAUGUACAGAAGAGACCGUCUCUUUGAUGAGAAUUUUUCUACUCACAGAAGGCUUAGAUAUCCUACAUGACUCUAGAUAAGUAGCUAUUGCUGUCCUGUUCCGCAUUACCAACUACUAUUUCCAAAGCACUCUCUCUUUCACAUGCCUCCGUUUUAAGAGCAGCCACAACCUCUUGCUGGAACCCACGAUACAUCUCAGUGCUAAGCUGCAGAGUGCAAAGCCAAGAAUGUAUCUGGCAGUGUGUAUACCGUAUGUCUCUGUGUGAGAGAGUGAAAGGCAGAAAUUGUGGCCUUCCAAAAAGUUUUGAAGGACACUUUUGUGGGGAGGAUAAAAAAAAUGAGGUUAGCGAAGAAAAUAGAGGGAUGAAUUCUCCACACUCUGGAACAAAAGAUGGGUUAUUUAGGCCACUUUCCAGUUUCAUUCAGUUUAGGACAGCAUGCCUUAGGAACAUAGCAUUGUGGUUCAGAUGAUGUAUAUAAUGUCUUAUUUGUCUUAUCUUUGCCUUCAUGUGCUCAGUUAUGCUUAUGGUUAGGGGGAGGGGGGAGAGAGAGAUGGGCGUAGCAUAAAUCUGGAUGAUGUUGAUGGGAUUACUUUGGAAAGAGUUGGCAAAAGUGUCAGGCUUUGACCCACACAUCAAAGGAGUGGGUUUUCAUUGCAGGGUGGGGAUGGGGGGGGAGGGAAGGUGACUGUUUUACAUUACUUGCAAUUUUAAACCGUAAAAUUUGCUUUGUUUAAAAAAAAGUUUUAAAAGGAAAAAAAGAUUUGAAUAUGCUAGAGUUAGGUCAUUGUUGUUAAAAUGGUCAUGGCCAAAAACAAAACAAAAUGUUUAAAAGGAUGUAAUA